AGCUUAAUACAUGGGGGAUAUUAAGGUUACUCCCGAAGUGUUGGAGCAACUACUACAAUUAUAUAAUCUUACUCGUCGGGAGUUUAUUGAGACGUACCAGAUUCAGCCGUUGGUUUACAUCCCUGAGUUACCGGCCAGCGCCAAAACUACGUUUGUUAUUGUUUACACGGUGAUUUUCCUCCUGGCUCUCAUUGGCAAUAGUCUGGUUGUCUAUAUUGUCUUAAUAAAGCGCGGGAUCCAGACUGCCACAAAUAUUUUCAUCUGCUCUCUAGCCGUCAGCGACCUUCUGAUAUCUUUCUUCUGCAUCCCGUUCACUCUGCUACAGAACAUCUCCUCUGAGUGGUUUGGGGGUGUGUUGGUGUGCAAAACCGUUCCCCUUGUUCAGACCACUGCUAUUGUGACUGGCAUUCUCACUAUGACCUGCAUCGCUGCAGAGAGGUACCAGGGGAUUGUGCACCCUCUGAAAAUCAAAAGACAGUGCACCCCACAAAGAGCAUACCGAAUACUUGUGGUUGUCUGGAUUGCAGCCAUGGUGAUUGGAUCCCCAAUGCUCUUUGUUCAACAACUAGAGGUGAAAUAUGACUUUCUGUAUGAUCUCCAUCAUGUAUGCUGUCAGGAGCGCUGGAACUCGAGUGUCCACAGGAAGGAGUAUGCCACCUUCAUUCUAGUGUUCCUCUUCCUCCUGCCACUUGCGACCAUGCUGAUACUCUACACCAGAAUUGGUAUUGAGCUCUGGAUUCGCAAACAAGUUGGGGACUCCUCAGUUCUCAAUGCCAUGAACCAAAGAGAGGUUAGCAAAAUAUCCAGAAAGAAGCGAAGGGCCAUCAAGAUGAUGGUCACCAUUGUUGUGCUGUUUACUGUCUGCUGGGCACCAUUCCAUACAGUUCAUAUGCUGUUUGAGUACAGUUACCUGAACAAGAAGCAUGAUGACAUCACAAUCAAUAUGAUUGUUGCUGUCACACAGGCCAUAGGUUUUUCAAAUUCUUUCAACAAUCCUAUUAUCUACGCUUUCAUGAAUGAGAACUUCCAGAAGAACUGCAUGUCCACUCUUUCCCUUUGCAUUAGGAGGUCCAGUCACCGUGUAGAUGUGAAGGACAAAUCGAAAGUAACUUAUUGUAAGUCUGCCAGACAGGAUGAAGACAUCUCUGUCAUGCCCAGAAUAGUUGAGCAGGUGCAAUCUGCAAGAUCAAACAUGCGAACAUCUUUGUCAUCUGUGGAGGAGAGAAUUUCUGUUGAGAGCAAUAGAAUGCAUGCAAGAUGUGUUAGAGACUGAUAUCCAAUCUAACGGUUAUCUAUUUUAAUAUGAAAUCAUUCUAAUAUGCUGAUUUUCUGCUCAAGA